GUUUGCAUUUCUAUGGUUUGUAUCUUACAAACCAGUUCACUGUGUUGGCUCAACACGCAUAAGCGAACUGUCUUGUCUUAACGGGCCCGACGUCUCGUAGGGCAUCUAGACUUAGACAAGGAACUAGCCCGGCAAAAUAUUGGUUGCUUCCACCAGUAUGUUAAUUGAGAAUCGGCUUAGAAAUCUGGCUUCAGUCGUGGGUGUCAUACUGGUUUGAGUUGAGCUCGUCGGCUACUUAAAUAAGCAGCGGCCUCCUCGAAUACUGGAAUGUUUCUGCUGAUACCCUCAAUUGUCCUCCUUUUCCAGUGGAGUUUUAUCCUUUCGGCUACCUUCCUUUGUAGAGAUCCCCGAACGCGGUGUCGAAAAUGGAGUCUGCUUUGUUCGGCAGCCUGGUGCAAGUCGAAUCACAAAACAGUCGGCUCCCAAGCCACCCUGAGAAGGCAGUUCAUCGUAAUCGUUCUAAUGUCUCUGGUGGUGAUCCUAUUGAGCUCACAAAUGUCUCCCGACCAACUAUGGCAUUUUCGGGAGCGACUGCUCUUGAUCUUGGAAUGAGUCGAUCUGCAAGUCUAUCUGACGACAUGGGUGCCGUCGAAGUCCUCCCAAGCAUUUUCGACUCCAAGGGUAAUAAACUUCGACUUGCUGCUUGUUGCAGUAUGGGAUUCUUGGGCGGCCUCAACGACUCGGCAGCUGGCGCUUUGAUUCCUUACAUGGAAACUCACUAUGGCAUUGGGUAUGGCGUCGUCUCUCUUAUCUUUGUCGGCGUUGCAUUGGGCUUCAUCAUGGCAGCACCUUGCGUCGCUAGCCUACAGAACCGCUUAGGCCUAGCAAAAGUGUUUGGGUUAGGCGAGCUGCUCUUCAUCGCUGGCUACAUUCCCAUCGCAGCAACAGCGCCCAUCCCUGUGAUUGUCAUCUCCUUCUUUAUAGUUGGCUUUGGAUGUGCGACCAACCUCGCCGUCUAUAAUGUCUGGCUUGCCAAUCACAAAGAAGCAGCCACUGCUCUAGGCUUUGUGCACGGCAUGUAUGGCGUAGGCGGCAUCGUUGGCCCGUUGAUUGCGACAAGCAUGGUUUCUAACGGCGUGCUUUGGAGCCGAUUCUACCUAGUAACUAUGGGUGUUGCAGCUCUUAACAUGGCAUUCACUAUCUUGACAUUUUGGAAGUAUGAACAAGAGACUUAUAUCCCGCAAACAGCCGCAGAAACCUCCCCAGCUGGAGCUCAACAGCUGUCCGCUAUGUUAUUGGCUUUCAAGACCAGAGUUGUCCUCGUCGGGGCCAUGUUCAUAUUUGCUUACCAAGGCGCAGAAGUUUCAAUAUCAGGCUGGGUCAUUUCGUUUUUAAUAGCUUCAAGAAAUGGGGAACCAUCCCGAGUCGGUUAUGUCACAUCUGGUUUUUGGGCAGGCAUCACUCUAGGGCGGUUCUUCCUUUCGCCUCUGGGGCCUCGGAUUGGCGAGAAAAGAUUCGUUUACGGGCUCGUCGUCGGCUCUGCUAUCUUUGAACUCCUUGUUUGGCUUGUACCGAACGUCGUCGGAGACGCAGUUGCUGUGGCCAUUGUCGGCCUGCUCCUAGGCCCAAUAUACCCCGCUGCCGCCGUGGUUUUCACCAGAAAUUUGUCCAAAAAGGAGCAAGCAAGUGGACUGGCUGUGAUCAGUGCAUUCGGGAGUUCGGGAGGUGCUAUUGCUCCAUUCACAACUGGAAUAUUGGCCCAGGUUGUCGGGACUUUUGUGCUCCAUCCUAUUGCGAUUGGUCUAUUUGCAGUCAUGAUCUUGUGCUGGUACUGUAUCCCAACGCCACGGAAAAGAGCAGAGUAAUUUCAGACGACCUUUGUUUUUAUUCUUCGAUCGAGAAAUCAAACAUUUCUAUGCAGCCUUUGGAUUGCUGAGUGAUUGUUCUUCUACCUCCUUCGCUUCGGUACAUAUAACCGAAGAGAUACACACCAAGAGUCCCAUUUUCUACAUAUGUCGGUAACAGGCAUAUGUUAAAAAUCCACCUUGACUCGGAAGUUGUCAUUUUCAUGACCACGUAUUGGAGCCGCACUGAAAUUAGUGGAGUCAGUACAUAUGUAAUUGUGGGUACCAAAUAGCACUUAAUAGCCACGAAUUAGCGCUUGG